GGCCCUAUCGGAAGCACAAGGCCAAUCUGAACCUCAAACACACUUGAAUCUGUUGGCUUACGCGUUGGGAUAUCUCUUUUUGAAGAACGCCCAUGCCUGUGACUUUCAUCUUCGUGAUGUAAUGGUCCAGUGACGAUGAGACUCCACAUCAUAUCUGAAGCAUGUGUGCUGCUUGUCCUCUUAUCUCUGGAUCAAACCGGGGGUCAGGCAUACGACUGCCCCCUAGGAUGGGAUGAAUAUGGACAGAAGUGUUAUCACUUCGUGAUCUACCCACCCCGGGUGUAUGCAGAAGCAAUGGCAGCCUGUCAGGCUGACGGAGCCAGUCUGGUCAGUGUGAACGACGCCGGCGAACACAGGUUUAUCAGCCAGUGGCUGACCAAAAACGACGGAAACAGACAGGACCUAUGGUUCACGAGCGGGACCGGAGACCAGAUGAACCUGAAGUGGGAAGGCGACGGGUCAGUCAGUCAGCUGGGGCAGAACUGGUGGCUGGAAACGACCGAUUACAAUCUGACCAAUCAGAUCGUUGUUUAUAAAUAUUCCGUUCCACUGGGAGAGUUUGGCUGGAGUCGAUCUCCGAAGAGUGCUGUCCUCUCGUACAUCUGUGAGAUCAGUAGGAACGAAGCCUUCAGAAUAACACAGGCUGUUCGAGACUACACUUAUGGCCAAGACAUCACAGAUCCCAGCCUCAUUCCACGUGGCCCCAAGUUCCUAAACCGUAAUCCCGACAUAGUGAUCGCCGGACGUAAUCCAACCGCUUCCAUCGAGUGUAGUGCGUCCGGUUCUCCGCAGCCGAAAUUUACAUGGUACAAGUAUUAUGGCACUGCUAACCAAUCGGAGGUGACGUCAUCGGUGGAUGAACGUUACACGUUAACCAAUGGCAGGCUGACUAUCCAGAACCCGGAUGCAACUCUGGACAUGGGGAUGUACCAGUGCACGGCUACCAACUCUAUCGGGACGAUCGUCAGUGAUCCUAUUCAGGUGUCAUUUGGAUAUCUGCACGAGUUUUCCAACGAUCCCCCGGGGUUCCAGUACGCCGCACUCUACCAGGGAGCUGAUAUAACGUGCAAGGUCCCCACCUACAACCCAGCCCUGACGUACCAGUGGUACAAGAACAAUGCAGCCCACUUCGUCCGGCCCGAGCUGAAUGAGUACCAGUUCAUAUCCCACAAUGGGAACCUGUACCUGUCCGAGGUCCAGCAGUCGGACGCUGGCUACUAUCACUGUGUGGUCACACUGUCCGUGCCCUCGGGGCAGGUGCUAGCAACGUCCCAACCCCCAUCGAGAACCAGCCUUGGCAUAGAGCUCAAGGUGGGAGGAGAAACCGCCAUGGACUUCGGGCCGACCAUCCACAACGACUUUCCGGCAGUGUUUCCUAACCCGUCCUUGAGGGGACAGAACAUCCGACUAGAGUGUCUGGCAUACGGAAAGUUACCUCUGUAUUACUCGUGGACUCGGGGUGACGGCGUCACCAACCUCGGCCUCCCCCACAACUCCCACCUCGAAGACCACAACCGCGUGCUCAUGAUUGACGACGUCAGGGUGGAGGACGGCGGUAACUACACCUGUCACGUCAACAGAGGCGCUACUGCAGCGGACACUAAAUCUUUCUUCGUCAAUAUUGAAUCGAGGCCAUAUUUCAUAUUCCCACUGCGAGACCAGUUCCUGGAUGUUGGUAGUCAGAUGACAUGGCGUUGCCAGGCAACUGCUAUUCCACCAGCAGUAUAUUCCUGGUACAAAGACACGGAACUACUGACGUCAACGCCAGGCGAUGUUGAGAUCGUCGGCAACGUUCUCACCAUCAAGAACGCUAACGCCGAAAAACACAAUGGAAUGUACCAGUGCUCAGCGAUCAACCUACAUGGGAAGUCCUUCAGUACUGCCGAACUGAAGGUGUUAUCACCUAAACCCGACUACGUACCUGAUCCACUUAUAGACUGGACAGACGGUGCCGACAGGGGCAACCCCAUUGUUUACUACAUCAUUGAGUUCAACACCAACUUCAACAGCGACUGGAGAGUCAUGAUUCAACGUUUGGGUGUGCCAGAGACGGUUGAUGAAGAUAACCCCGACAAGAGGACGACCAAGCUCUCUUCUCUCCGUCCCGGCACAGGGUACAGAUUCAGGGUGCUGGCAGCCAACAUGUUCGGCCACGGGGACCCCAGUAUGGCCUCCAGCAUGUACCAUCUGCCUAGUGCCGCCCCAGUGGUUGUCCCCAUGGAGGUUGGGGGUGGGGGAGGGAAAGUGGGAACGCUGACCAUCACGUGGCAGCCCCUGUCGUUGGAAGACGAGAGCGGGCCAGCGAUCGGGUACUAUGUGUUCUGGCGGAAAAAGACGAACAGCCACGGCUUGUGGCAGCGGGUGGACGUCUUCGGCCGUAUCGGCACCACAACCAUCACCGUGGGGGACAAAAACUACUACCUCGAGUACGAGGUGAUGGUGGAGGCUUUUAACAGCCUGGGACGGGGCCCCAACUCCACAGUAUCCGUCAUAUACUCAGCAGAAAGCCUGCCCUACGCCACACCCACCAACAUCUGGAUCGACACCUUCAACGCCACCGCCAUCGUUGUUUACUUCGACGCCGUGGACGACACAAGGGAAGCGGUCAAAGGGAAAAUUAUUGGAUAUCAGGUGAACUUCUGGGUAGAGGGAGAGCCUGAGUUUGUAGGACAUUCCUAUCACUAUGGGCAGCGGAGUCAAGCUGUUGUCAUCGGACUUAUCCCGAACUAUGACUACUGGGCUAACGUACAGGUGUUCAACUCGGCAGGACUAGGUCCAGAAAGCGAAAUCAGCAGGGGCUCUACAGCAGGAGAAGGUCCGAACGCCUACCCCGAAUACGUGGAGGUGCACAGUAACGGUCCCAACAGCGUGUACGUCCACUGGAGGGGCAUCUCCACCGUCCCUAUCAUAGAGGAGGCAUUGCAAGGAUACAUUCUGAGGUACUGGCCGGCCAACAGUGACCUGCGAGAUGCGACUGAUGUGGUUAUAGACGCAAAGAAGACGCAGGGUGUCAUCACCGGUCUGGAAAAGGGCUUGGUCUACAAGCUGAGGGUAACAGGUUUCAACGCAGGCGGGGACGGGAAGAAAGCUCCACCUGUGUAUUUCACCCUAGGGCAGUUGUUCGUGUGGUCUGAGAUGGCUGAUGUUGUGGUUAGGUUGUUCAUGGGUCUGAGAUGGCUGAUGUUGUGGUUUAGGUUGUUCUGUGGUCUGAGAUGGCUGAUGUUGUGGUUAGGGCAGUUGUUCGUGUGGUCUGAGAUGGCUGAUGUUGUGGAUUAG